AUGUCCUCGUCUGCCAACUUCCGCGAGCCGUUCUCUGUUGACACUGUCAUCCGUGCACUGGACAAGGUGCCGUUCAGCCCUCCUUUCCUGGUGAUCCUUCCUGUCCUUGCUCUCUUCCUCGACCGCCGCGGAGAGUCCGUGCAGGAUGUGAUUAGCAAUCUCCCCACGUUCGCUGCCUGGAAGGAGCUCCUGUUUGACCGCUACAAGUGGUUCGGCCGUGCAAUGAUCUUUAUUGCGCUCAAGAUGCUCUCGCGCUGUCUCUCGCGCCGCGCCGCGAACAACGGCGUGCCGAAGGCCGACCCCCCGAACUGGAAGAAGGACGUGCUGGUCAUCACUGGCGGCUCUGCCGGUAUCGGCAAAGACAUUGUCGAGUUGCUCUCGCGCCGUUACCAGGCGCGCAUUGCCGUCCUCGACAUUGCUCCGCCCACAUAUGUCGCUGCGAAGGAAGGCGACCCCCCGAUCCUCUGGAUCAAGACUGAUGUGACAAAGCGCGAGGCGAUUGCGGCUGCGAACAAGAAGAUCAUCGAGACGUUUGGCGAGCCGCCGUCGUUUGUGGUCUCGUGCGCUGGUAUUGCGAUCGGCGGCCCCCUCCUUACCAUCUCGCCCGAGUCGGUGAUGAAGACCAUCCAGAUCAAUGCCAUUGCCAACAUUCACAUGGCGCAAGAGUUUGUGCCGAACAUGGUCAAGCAAAACCACGGCCACUACGUCACGGUCGCGAGCUCGGCCUCGUACUUUACCCCUGCCAACCUGUCGAGCUACUGCAUGAGCAAGGCCGCCACGCUCGCUUUUCACGAGGAGCUCCGUACGGAGCUGCGCGUUCUCUACAAGGCCCCCCGCGUGCGUACAUCGGUCGUUACGCCUACCAAGGUUCGCACGCUCCUCGGCCACGUCCUGAAGGACAACGACAACAAGUUCCUCAACCCCACCCUCGAGCCGAUCCAGGUUGCGACGGCCAUCGUUGAUGCAAUCAACAGUGGUCUCUCGCAGGCGAUUUCGCAGCCUCUGACCACCAAGAUGCUCCCUUUCGUACGCGCCAUGCCCGACUGGUACCGAGCGCUGGUCGAGUGGAUCGGUAACACCGACCAGGUUGUGACGGAGGAGAACAUUGCCCUCGGCCUCAAGUCGGGCUACGGCAAGAACUGGUCCGAAGAGGACUACAAGGCGAUUCUUGGUGAGAUGGACACCAACUACAACAAGAAGUCGGCGUAA